AAGCUCCCACGUUUUUAACUUAUUCAUUUGACAGCAUUGUUUUUCCUUCAACUGCUUACAUAACCAGAGGUCUUUGUUAGGGUUUUUUGCAGAGUUCAUUUACCUAAAAAUGGAGACAUAGGCAGAGCUUCUGUAAUACAAAAUCAGAAGAAUAUCUGGGAUUAGAGAAGAAGGGCAAGUGUAGAUAUGUCUAGUAGCAGCUGCUUUUGCUUCAGUAACCUGUUUUCUUGUAGAAGAUCAAGAAAACAUAACAGCAAAAUUGUGGAUGAAGCGAAUGGCGUAGGCAAUGGACCUUGUAUCAAGAAAGUUUUCAAGGUUCUGGCCAUUAGUGGGUCCUUGAGAAAUGCAUCCUGUACUCAUGGGCUGCUCAGAGCUGCUCAGAAACAUGCUCAAAAUGACCCAAGUUUAAGAAUGGAGAUUGAGAUUGUGAGUGUUGAUGAAAUGAGGAGUCUCCCUAGACUGGACCCUGGCCUUGCUGUUAAGAAUGAAAAAGCUGGGAAAGGGCAGAAUUAUUAUACUUAUCCUGCAGCAGUAGAGUCCUUUAUUAAGAAAGUUAAGGCAGCAGACUGUAUAAUAUUUUCCUGCCCAGAAUACAACUACUCCAUCACUGGUGUAUUGAAGGAUGCUCUGGAUUGGGCCUGUAUUGGUCCUGAUAAUGCAUGGACAGGGAAAGCAGCUGCUAUAAUGGCCGUGGGAGGACAAGAUGCGCGGGGUUGCAGGGGUACUUAUCAUCUCAGACAAAUUGGGGUGAAGCUCGAUCUGAACAUCAUUAACAAGGAGUUGUUUGCUCUUCACAACCCUAAAUCCAAUGAAGUGAUAUUUGAUGAAAAGACUGGAGAUCUAAUCGAUGAUCAAGGAAGCAAAAAUCAUCCAGCUGCCAAAAUAAACAGCCGGGUGAAGACCAUUCUUGCUGCUCUGCUACAGUUUGCAGAGAAAUUUCCAAUAGAUCAUAGCAGCGACUAAGACAGUUAGAUUAUUUGUAUUGCAUUUGAGUAGGUCGUUGCUUUAGUUCCCUAGAUUGAAGUUGAAGUAUCUCUGUCAUUUUGUUUAAUAGCAUUUGGUAAUGUCAUGGGUCUUCAUCGUAUGGUAUAAAUCAUACAUAAAUAUGCAUGCUAGUUAUAGUUUUCUUGCUGCUGCAUUUUGUUGUUUUCAGUCAGACUUUGACAGUGUCUCAGACUCUCAGUUGAUAUGGGUAUUGCCUUUUUUUCUGGAGACUGGCUCUUUUGAGCUUUUUUGGGCAUUGUAUAGCUUAAGUGAUCUGGCAGUUUUUAAUUUUAUAAUCAUCCAUGAAUCUGGAUGCUAGUUAUA